CAAUUUGCAGCCGCUCCACUCCAUCAGCUCUCUAACUUCGAAAUUCUUCUUCUUCAAGCCUCUCUCUGUAUGGAAGUCACUGGAAGGCUAGAAGAUUGGGUACAAAGUGAGAAGUUAGAGGCAUCAUAGAAAUGAAGGUGAAGGUGGUGUGUAGGAAGCUGUACGAUUACGUUCGCUAUGAUCUGAAAGAGAUUGCAUUUCCAUCUUCGCUGCCAGACCCUCCUCAUAUCAAGAAGCGCCGCAAGCUCACAUGGAAUGAACGGUUCUUGGUGUUGAAGGAGGCUUCUAGGCUGUAUGCUGCCAGCUGGGUUCGGGAUAUUGGUCCUGAACUGCGACCUAAUGAUUUUAAGGAUGAAGAGAGUGAAGAUAAACCUGGUAGACCACAGGGCCCGGCUAAAGAGAAAGAACCCUCAACAUUAGAGGAUCUUGCUGUGGCUGCUAGAGGAGGAAUGGAGACAUUAAAGCCUGCUCUACAGCGUGUCUACAUGACAAGAGCUUCUGCAUAUAAAGAUGCUCUUCAAAGUUUUAUACAUGGGUACCAAGAAGGAAUCCAGCAGGUUAUGGAGAAAAAGGAAGAUUCUAAAUCUGAACAGGAAAGUGAUAAGCCUGAUAAAUCUACUUAACAUCUUCUGUAAGAGGCAGCAUACUUAGGUUUCCUCCUGCACAACUACUGAAGCAAGUUAUUGCUGCACCUAUAGACACAAGUUGUCGAGCUUUAGUUUUAGCUCAGUUUUGAGAACAUCUUCCAUGAUCAUUCAUUUGAGUGCUCAAGAAAUGUGAAUAUAAUGGAAAUUUGUAGUAUAUUUCUCUUUUGGACACACCAAACAUUAUCUAGUUUUUCAGAGUUUUGUA